UUACUAUCAUCUAUGAUUAUAACCUCAAAAAUAAGAAAAUUCAAUCUUUCCGAAAAUGAUAUAAAUAUAAAAAGUCUAAAAAUCCAAAUAAACAAACCGUUCUCUUUGAAAAGAACUGACUCAAUACCGAGAAAAUGUUUUCGAGGACUUGCUUCACAUCUCAGUUCAGAGAUUAUACAAGAUCGAUACAAAAUAAUAGAAAAACCAUUCAGUUAUAUAAACUGAAGUUCUCUACUACUUCUAUACUUAGGACCGAUGAAAUAGACAGUCAAAAGUAUUCACCAAGGAUCAUAAAUGAUGGUUCCUUAACGAAAUCAGUAUAUUUAAGAAAAGUACAACAAUUAUUUUCAAACACAAAUAUUGGUACUCUGGGUGCUGCUGGUUUAGUGGUUAACGCAGAUGUAAACUCAGAAAAAGUAACGAUUAACUCACACGUUGUAGACCAAAGCCCACAAGGAAGCAGUACAAUUAUUUCAGAUGUUGCUGACCAAACUGCAUCAAGAAUAUUAGAUCCUACUGUUAAUGUUAUAAAUGAAAAUAUUGUAAAUGCACCUGAGUCAACUGUUGUAGAUACCACUAUUGCUGCAAAUGCACCACAAGUUACCACAGAAGAGAUUGUAGAAGCUACUGUUAUAUCGUCUCAAGCCAACACAGAAAAUAUCUCUUCUCAAAAUAUAUCAAUUGAUCCAAUUCCUGAGCCUCCUGCCAUACCUGAUUAUUUGCCUGUAGAUGAAGUUGUUCAGCAGUUGAAUGCUUUAGGACAACCCACAUUUGCCUCUAUGGGAUUGGGGGGAUGGACUCCUGUUGGACUGAUCCAAGAGUGUUUUGAAUUUUUCAAUGUAACAAUAGGAGUACCAUGGUGGGGGGCUAUUGCUUUAGGUACUGUGAUCAUCAGGUUGGCUAUGUUUCCGUUAGUUAUUAUAUCUCAAAGAAAUGCAGCUAAAAUGAAUAAUAAUUUGCCUGGACUACAAGCUAUUCAGUUGAAACUAACAGAAGCACGGCAAAGUGGCAAUCAGCUUGAAGCAGCUAAAUAUUCUCAAGAGAUGAUGAUAUUUAUGAAGGAUAAGGAGCUGAAUCCCUUGAAGAAUUUGGUAGUUCCACUUGCACAGAUGCCAGUAUUUGUAUCUUUCUUUAUGUCGUUAAGACAAAUGGCCAACUUACCUGUUGAGAGCUUGAAAACAGGAGGAAUUUUAUGGUUCACAGAUUUGACCCUUCCCGAUCAAUACUUCCUGUUGCCAAUUAUAACUAGUGCAACGUUAUGGGCCACUGUAGAGAUAGGGGCCGAUACUGCAAAAUUAUCUAGCCAAAAUGCGCAGAUAAUGAAGUAUGUUUUGAGAGCCCUUCCAAUUGUUAUAUUACCGUUUACGAUAAAUUUCCCUGGGGCUAUAUUGGUUUAUUGGGCUUCCUCCAACUUUGUAUCCCUAGCUCAAGUUGGUUUUCUGAGGUUACCUAAAGUUCGGGAGUAUUUUAAAAUUGAAAAACAGAUCAAAUUCGAUCCAACAGCAUUGCCAAUAAAACCAAAAGGAUUCAAGGAAGGAUUAACAGACUCUUGGACUAACAUGAAAAUAGCCAGGCAAUUAGAGGAAAGGAGAAGACUUGACGAAAUCCAGUUCAGAAGAGCAGGAAAAGGACCAAUUGUUAAAACAUACAAAUACGACCCCACCAAACAAACAAGUCCUAGUAAUUCAGCGGCAAUAAGUGCCAAGGAAAGAUAAAUGUAUUCUAAUUUUGUAAAUAUGUUAUGAAUAAAGGUUCCCAAAAAAUAAA